GAACUUAGAGUCACUCUCACCUGCGUACUAUCUACGUAUUAGCUACAUCCACCUGGACUCAGUUGUACAUAACCUGCAGCUAACAUAUGAUAUAUACGAAUGAUGAAUGAAGCUGUGCCGCACGGUAAGUGUUCAGAUCAAGGUGCACGGAGUUUACACGCUCAGGUUACUUCAGACGACGACGAAGAUACCCCACCCCCUCGCAAGCUCAAAUCCAAGCGCCCUAACUCUCUCGACGAUGAUGCCGACGAGCUGGAAAUAGCAGCACAACCCAAACGGCCUCGAUCUGACCCCCACGUGCCAUUGCCUCCAAAGUUCAAUAAACCUCGGUACUCCACCUCUGAUGAUGGUGAGGCUCCAACUUCGACGCAACCUGCCCGUGGAGCUACAGAUUCCGAUGGAGAGGAACACCGACCUCGGCUAAGCAAGCCUCAGCAUCCUGCAAGUGCCUCCGUCCACUAUGAUGACAAGGAUCAGCCUCCACGUCCCAAGCCGAAACCCAAGCCGAAACCUCGACGCCCUGCUGCUUGCGAUGAGCACGAGGAUUCACUAAGUGCGCAUGUGACCAAGCAGUCGUCGAAUGCGAUUCAGCAGUCUCAGCCAGCAUCUCCGUCUCGACGCCCCUCACCCCCCCUGUCAGAUCUGACUGACAAUGACAUCAACUUCUCCCCGCAAGCUCCAACGGCUCCCGUUCCCUCAAAGAAGAGAGGGAAGAAGAAAAUCACCGAUCCUGACGCUCCUCGAAGAACCUCCGUACGAAAGAGGGCUAAUGGCUAUUAGGACUGCAUCUCUCUCAUUGCACUUUCGUUCUCCGUUUCUCGCAUUACUGCUUCUGCUGACAUAGACUUAAUGCCCGCUUUGGACUUUGCUAUAUGGACUUCGUGCAACUGAUGUAUUUUAGCUACCAGUGUUAUGCUAAUGCAAUGCCUCUUGGGGCCUUCUAAUGUACA